AUGGCGCCAGCUGCGGCUGGAAGGCGUCAAGAGGCAACCUUUGAGUCGAGAAAUGUCGCCGAUGCUGCUGAUGACGAUGACGAUGACGAUCAUGAGAAUGUUGCUGCUGUUGUUAUUGUUGUUGUUGGUGAUGACCACAAAGACAGCUACAAGGUCAGUCACUGGAAGCAGUAUCCUGCGGGAACGCAGUACGUUUACAGCGCUUUGCCGCAACUUGAUGCAUGUUACUUCGAGAGCCGCGGCUGUGACAAUGAUGGAUGGAACGAGGUUGUGUUCUUCGGUCUUCAGUAUUUCAUCAAGCGGUACUUGCUUGGCCAGGUUGUGACAAAGGAGAAGAUUGACGAGGCCGCUGAGCUUUAUUCCCAGCAUUUUGGAGAUGGCGUGAACGACAACCCAUCUCUGUUUUAUCGUGAAGGUUGGGAGUACAUCUUGAGUGCUCACGGUGGCAGGUUGCCAGUUCACAUCAAGGCAGUCCCCGAAGGUACGGUUGUCCCCACCAAGACGGCUCUGUUCACCCUUGUCAACACCGAUCCCAAAUGCUUCUGGCUGACCAACUUCUUGGAGACACUGCUGGUGCAGGUCUGGUAUCCAAUGACCGUCUGCACGAACAGCCGAUUUCAGAAGCUGUCGAUUGCCAAGUAUUUAGAGGAGACUGGAAACACGGACUGGUCAGUCCCCAACGGCACCUGCUUCAAACUGCACGACUUCGGCUUCCGUGGAGUUUCCUCUGUUGAAUCUGCGGCAAUUGGAGGAUGUGCGCACUUGGUGAACUUCUUGGGCACUGACACCGUCGCUGCCAUGAUCUGUGCACGCGACUACUACGGUGCAAAGAAGGCAGCCGGUGGAUCCAUUCCAGCUUCGGAACACUCCACCAUCACAUCCUGGGGCGUCGAAGGUGAGGUCGAUGCCAUGAGGAACAUGUUGGAAUCCUAUCCCGAAGGGCUGGUGGCUUGCGUUUCUGAUUCCUUCGACAUCUGGCGCGCAUGCAGAGACUACUGGGGAGACAAACUCAAGGAUCUCAUCAAGGGCCGCCGCUUGAUUCAGAGACAGCUCUGCGAUGUUUUGUGGCCUCUGCCUGCCAUGGAUGCAGAAGACGUGACAGAGACUCCAACAGGACAGAGGGCGAGAGGGACGGACAGCGAGGGGCUAACGAUGUUUAUGAUGGUGCGAAGGGCAAGCGCUGAGAUGCGAUCGCUUCUGCUGGCCUUGUGUGGCAGCUGGCGGCAAGGACACAAGUUGCUUCCCGCGUACAUCCGUGUCAUCCAGGGUGAUGGUGUUGACUGGGAAUCCAUUCCCAAAAUCCUCGAGAAGCUCAAGAAGGAGAAGAUUGCUGCCGACAAUAUUGCAUUUGGAAGUGGCGGCGCGCUGUUGCAAAAGCUGAACCGAGACACAUUCAAAUGUGCAUUCAAGUGCGCGGAGAUCACCAUCAAUGGUGAGAGUCGCGACGUGUUUAAGGAUCCCAUCACCGACAAGGGCAAGGCAGAGACGGAAGACUCUCAAGCCGGCAAGCAGCACUACAGCUCGGACGGCAAGUACGUCACGGUUGCGAGCGGCAAGGGCGACCCAGCCAAGGACAUCAUGGUCGAUGUCUUCAAGGAUGGAAAUUUGCUUGUGGACUACACUUUGGAAGAGAUUCGUGCCAAGGCUGACAUCAAGAAUGGCCCUUUCGGAGGAGGUCCAGCAUGA